GGGUCGGGGUGUUGGGCGUUGACUGAUUGCACGGGCCAGCUUGGUCUUUAUUAGAUGGCAGGUUUCUUGUACUUACCUCAAACGACUGUGGGUAGUUUGGUCCGGUAGAACUCGGGAUGGAAGGAAAAAGCUCGGGAAGCAGGGAAAGCACCUCCGACGCCGCUUUCGGUCUCCUAGUGCAUUUCGCCUCCGCGCUUCCACAAAGCGCUUCUCUAAUUUGUGUUGUUUGUUUGGGCUUCUGUUUUUGGAUCCCAAAAGCUCUAAAAACAUAAGUAGAAGCCCAAACAAACAAGGCCUCAGAAUCGUGGAGCGGCUGUUGCGGCGCCGCUGAUCCGCCCAAAACCGCCAGAAAUCGGAAGUGGCUGCCACAAAAUUUGCUAAUCGCAUAUGUGGCCGAAGCGGUACAUCCCUUUACGUCCAGCGGAUGAGCCGCUUACAUCCUGACUCAAAACCCCUUCCACUAUCGAGGCCAAGGUCCACCACUGCUCCUUCUUCCACCCGCCGAUGUCGAUUCAGUGGAGGGCUGCCUGGUUGUAGGUUCAGGGGAACAUGGCAGCCUCGAGGUUGCUCUACAUUGCCGUCGCUGACCACCACGGCCAUGGCCGGCGGAGCACCUUCCGCUACACCCGCCCCGUCCUGCAGAGCACGCUCCAGCUCGUGGGAUGCAAGCCACGCCACGCCUUCAACGUCCCCUGGCUAUUCGUCCUAAUUAAUGGUUUUCAUAUGUCUGUCUCUGUCUGCCUCGUCUCCCUGAGCUCAGUUCCCGAGUUAAUGGUAUACCAAAUACUGAAUGCUCUAGGAUAGGAUGGUCCUUGGUUACUUCUUGGUGACUUGAGUUUUGACUCAACGCCAUAGUAUCUGUAUAGCUGUCGCCAAGAUUCAGUUAUGGAAACUGCCUGCAUGUGUCCGUUUGCAUUGAAAUUGCAGAUGACAAAAGCCUAGCUGCAUACUUCCUCUAGUCUUCUUUAAUUGACUCAAAUUCAGUACAAAAUUGUACUAAAUUUGAGUCAAUUAAAAGAGACCGGAGGGAGUACUUCAUUAUAUAAUUCUUGUAUUCUGCAACAAGUCAGUUUGUGUUCCCUUGUCUGAAUUCCAAUUUUCUUACACUUUGUUUCACAGUUUCUGGAGGAACCAAUGCGCCGCAAACUCGUUGAGCUCCAAGGGCAUGUUUCAGUUCAUUCAAAGGAAAGGGUCUUCUAGGAAUCUGAUGGCUCUCCUUAAUACCGAUGGUUCAGUUGCUAAGGCAUGGCCUGUUGUUGCCGGUGACAGCAACGGAAACAUAAACGAUGGCACAGGAAGUGAGAAAUCUGUCGGAAAUCCUAUGUAUGGCCCAUUGCAGAUUGGGAAGGCAGAGGCUGCCAACCUUCAGUUUGGCUCUUUUGGGAUUAGUGCAUGGCCAAGUGAUACUGGAUGCACCAGACAUGCUGGUAGUGCCGAAGUAGAUAUUUAUCCUAAUGUUGCAGCUCACCAAAGAUGGCAGAUGACAAUUCCAAAGAGCUUGUGGUUAAGUACUCGGUGUUUGACAGUGAAGAAGAAGAAGGUGAUGAAACUGGCGAGGCAGAGACAAAUGAGGAUCUAACUGACGAAGAAAAGGACAUCCAAGAGGUAGUUGAAAAAGAACAUCUCUUAUCCUUCAUCUGAUCCUCCAGCUUUAUACACAGAAUUUACAUGGCAAAUGAAGUCAAUGACGUAAGUUUGUAGUUUGUUUUUCCCAUGUGCCUAAGUGCUAAUAGUGCAAUAGAAAAAAACAUAACUCAACUGAAUGAUCUAUACUCUAGAUGAACAUAUGAGUAUGAUGUGUUACAGUUCUAUGUACACGCCAUUCAGCUGUUGUGGUGCUGCAUUCUAGAGAUACAACAUUAUUGCAUCAACAGGAAAGCCAGUGUAUUUAACCAAUUAUCCAUUCCUUUGUCUUCGAUGAUAUUAUAUGGA